AUGCAAUUUAUUUAUAAGCGAAUGACCACCCUCAAGCUCGACCAGUUUCUUUCAACCACGUCCACUGUACACGGUGCCGAUACAGUUCCUCUUCCCUUCUUUUGCAGAGGCGUGUCUUUCUCAAGAUGUCAAAGCCCAACACCAUUGCUUGGUCUUCAUGGGAGAAAAAGAACCUGUUUUCAUGGCUGCUUCAGCGCCAAAAGAUGACAUGGAAGGCAAAAUCCAAGGCAUACUUCAAGCAAUUUGGGUUGAAACGGACAGGCGAGGCAUUGCGAAGCAAACGGAACUACCUAUUACGGAAACGUCGCGCUAUGCUGAAAAGUAUGUCUAAGGCCUCCUUCACGGGGCAUCGGCCAUGGAUCCCACGCGAAGAUACCCCGAGGGCCUUUCCGCCGCCUCCUCCAAUCUUCACGCCCAGAGCUCGCAGCACAGAGGCUUGCCGUUUAUCCCACAUGAGGCAGAGCUUGGCAGCCUCCACUAGCCGCUACGCCAGAGGAGCCCUGGGGAGCGCAGGCCAGGCCCUACCUGGUUAUACCAUUCGAAUGCCACACAAUUUGAAAUCCGAUCACGGGCAAGACAUUUCUUAUCUCUGGAAAUUCGUACAUCUUGCGGCAACUACCAGCAAAGCGUCACGCAAUGCUGCAAUCUGA